AUGAGAUUCCAAGAUCCGUAUCGCAAUAUCGACGAUGACUAUAGCCGAUUUGGAGGUGCCACAUCACGAUUGCCACAGUUUGAUAAUCACAAUUACGCACCAUCUGGGGACACUGGGUACCAGGGUCAAUCAAGCUCAGGUUCUGGUUGGCCAGGCCCCCAAACAGAGCAAGGUCCACCUCCUCCUCGAUACUCUACUGUGGCAGGAGCCAGGCCAGAGGCUAAAGCUAGCUAUCCAUGGUAUAAUCCGCGCGGCUGGUCAUUGAGGAAGAAAUUGAUCGUUGCGGGUUGCAUUGCAGUCGUCAUUAUUGCGGUGAUUGUCGGAGCAGUUGAGGGCGUAAAAGCAAAUGCGGCGUAUCCCGACUAUUCAACACUCAAUUAUACACUCGUCGACACUUACUCGGGUACUGAUUUCUUUGAUAAUUUCGCAUACUACACUGCAGCUGAUACAACAGAUGGCUUUGUGCAAUACGUGGAUUCAAUGACAGCUUCUCAAAUGAAUCUCACAUACGCUUCUGAUAGCUCUGCUGUGCUCAGGGUUGAUACCGACUCCUCAAACCAGACCUCCGGCCGAAAGUCUGUUCGUAUCACUUCGAACAACCAGUACUACGAUGGACUCUUUAUCUUCGAUAUUGUGCAUACUCCUUAUGGCUGCGCAACCUGGCCUGCCUUAUGGCUCACAGAUCCGGAUAAUUGGCCUGAGCAUGGUGAGAUCGACGUGUUGGAAUCGAAUAAUAAGGGUACUCAUGGAAAUGCGAUGACCCUACAUACUUCGAGUGGGUGCAAGAUGAAUGUCAAGCGCAAGGAGACCGGAUCUGCAAACUAUGCGAACUGCCUGGAUACUGCGAAUGACAAUGCUGGCUGUGGUGUGGAUGGAAAGAAGAAAACAUAUGGACAGGAAUUUAACGACAACGGUGGUGGCGUAUAUGCAAUGGAACUUCGAGAUGCUGGAAUCCGAGUCUGGAUGUUCGCCCGCGAUGAUGUUCCCAACGACAUUUCCAAUACAAGCACUACCCCAGAUCCAUCCACAUGGGGUGAGGCAUUGGCGGAUUUCCCGAAUACAAACUGCAACAUCACCUCGCAUUUCAAAAACCAAAGUAUCAUUGCGAAUAUUGAUAUUUGUGGUGACCUGGCUGGUGCGUCGAAGUACUAUACGGAUCUCUACGACUGUCCUGAAACAUGUACGAAAUGGGCUGCGGAAAAUGGGAGUAACUUCACGUCUGCUUAUUGGGAGUUUAAUAGCUUCAAGGUGUAUCAAUCAUCAUAA